GCUGCCUCAGCACUGAGCAGACAGGCAGCUCACUGUGUGCCGGUAUGUCACCGUCUCAACCUCUGUCCUGAAUUGGAUACAAAAUAACCCAGAAAUGGACUCGCAAGCUGACCUUCAACAAAUAGACAACAGCACUGCAGCUGAAACGACAGAUCCUCCCCCGAGGAUGACCAGACAGCAGAUCCUCACCUUAAUAUCUAUGGCAUCUGUCAACUUCAGUUCAAUGGUCUGCUACUCAAUAUUAGGCCCUUUUUUCCCCAAUGAGGCAGUAAAGAAGGGAGCCAGUCAAACUGUCAUCGGUCUCAUAUUUGGCUGCUACGCUGUCUGCAAUCUAAUUGGCUCAUUGAUCAUGGGAAAAUAUAUUGUCCAGAUUGGUGCAAAGUUCAUGCUUGUGGCGGGGCUUUUCGUGUCGUCAGGCUGCACCAUCCUGUUUGGGUUACUCGACCGUGUUCCUGCGGGAACCCCUUUCAUAACUCUGUGCUUUGUUGUGAGGUCCAUAGACGCUUUUGGCUUUGCCGCUGCGAUAACCUCCACUUUUGCCACGACAGCAAAGAUUUUUCCAAACAAUGUGGCAACUGUUUUGGGGAGUUUGGAGGUUUUCACAGGACUUGGUCUUAUUCUGGGGCCACCGGUCGGAGGGUGGUUCUACCAGUCUUUUGGAUAUGAAGUCCCUUUUAUGCUCCUUGGAUGUUUCUUGCUGAUUAUGGUUCCUUUCAACAUAUACGUCUUGCCAAGCAUUGAAGCUGACCCCUCGAAGGAUUCGUUCCUUCCGCUCCUCACCAAAGUGAAAAUCGUCCUGAUGUGCUAUGCCAUAUUCACUCUCAGUUCAGGUCUGGGCUUCUUGGAUGCCACGUUGUCCCUGUUUGCCAUGGAGAAGUUUAAUCUCUCAGCUGGCUACGUGGGACUCAUCCUCCUUGGUUUGUCGUUACCUUACUGCCUGGUAUCACCGCUGAUUGGGUACAUAACUGAUAAAUAUCCUUCCACCAGGUGUUGGUUCAUGGUGUCAGGAGGAACCGCCACAGCAUUUGGUUUCUUUAUGCUUGGCCCCGUUCCUUUCCUUCACAUCCCGAGUCAGCUGUGGUUGGUGAUCAUCAUGCUCGGUGUGAUUGGGCUUUCUCUGGGCAUGACUGCAAUACCCACGUUCCCUGAGAUCAUCACAUGUGCAUAUGAACAAGGUUAUGAAGAAGGGCUAAGCACUCUAGGAAUGGUGUCUGGACUGUUUGGGGCAUUUUGGUCCUUGGGGAUGUUUUAUGGCCCAAUAGUGGGUGGCCUUAUCACGCAGCAUCUGAGCUUUGAGUGGGCAGCUGCAAUCCAAGGAGGCUUAGCGUUUUUGGGUGCCUUCCUUCUUGCUGUGUAUUACCUCACUCAUCCUCAACAACAACAAAGCGUUCAAAAAGACAGUGGAGCAACUGAUGAAAGCACGCCUCUCCUGACUGACUGAAGCCCUCAGCAACAUGUGGAAGGACGCCAUGUCGAACUAAACCAGAUCUUAACGUGUCAGCUGCUUUUGGUCAGCCUCCUUUUUUAUGUUUUGUAAAAGUUGCAGAGAUUGUAAUGCUUUUGUAGGAGUCAUAGAAAUAUAUUUGUCAAAUUAUCGUUUUUAUGAAAUAUUUACAAAAUGUUUGGAUCCUAAACAACAGCCUUAAAAAACAAAGCAGUACUUCAUUUAUAACUUUACAUGAGAAUUUAAAUAGAUGAUUUCGUAUUGUGAAUGAGGAUAAAUGAAAGUAAUAUGAAUGAAUAUAGUUAACCACUGGAAUGUCCAAACUAAAUGUGCCUUUUGUUCUCAAGCUCAGCUGUAAUAAUGAUCUUAGUUUUCUGCAUCACAUGACCUGGAUUUCAUGUCGAAGUUAGCCAAGAUCUGCUGACCACAUUCAUGGCAACAUGAAGGAAAUAAGAAUGUUAUGAGCUAUGGAUAUAUUAUUUGGCUCAUAAUUAACCUCAGAAUAAUUCAACAGGGAGCAUCGUGUCACAUUCACUGCAUGUUUGUGAUUUUGUAUGUGGUAACUUUCUCUUCUGACAGAACAAUUUUACGAUUUUUGCACUGAUUUAAAUUAAAAACUGUAAAUAUGUGAAUGAAAAACAAACAUCUGU